GUUUUAUACCCAAUAUCGAGCUACAUCGGAAACGUUUUCGUGGUAUAAAGUUUAUCUGUGUGGCUCAUUUUAUUAUCUUUUAGAUUACGCAAAUUCGUUUUGGGUGCCGGCGCAGGCUGAGGCGGAGCGCCCACGCGCCAAAAAUCGCGGGGGCGAUCGGAGGCUCUGCACGCGCUCAAUAGUGCGCGCGCCGCGACUGACACACACGUCCGAUAAAAACUUUUCGAAAAAAGAAGCUUUGAAACGAAAAAAAAAAGAAAAAAAAAGAAAAAAGUAGACCCGGUGUUUCUUUUUUUUCAAAUAAAAAGUGAUAGUGCCGUCACAUGUUUCGUCGCGAGUUCAGGACCCAGUGACUAGUGAUACGACAUAACAGAAUCGAUGCUCGAUUUAGUUUUAUGAAUGGUGCGGUAUAGGAAGUGACGUCAUGCAUAGUGUUGUGACUGUGUCAGCGUUUGUUUUGUGGGCGAUGGUUUGUUGACAAUGCGCGAUCAUUAGAGCGGAAAGAAUGUGGUUAGCGGGCGCCGUGCUAUGUGUGCUGACACAAAGUGCGCUCGCGCAAUGGCGGUGUCCGGGUCUGAGCGCGCGUCCGGCCGCCGAGUGCUCGUGCGACUUGCCACACACGCUGCGGUGCACGGGGGACCAUACUGCGUUACAGAUCAUUGGUCGUCAUUUACGCGAGCAAAGAGCUAGGAACAAGAACACUGCAGUGUCCCUCCUAGACUGCGCUCUGAGAGGGGUGUCCGCUCUCCCGGCGGCCUCAGUGGCGGAGCUGGCCGGGGUAGGGCUCCACGGGCUGGUAAUAUCCUCCGGAGACAUAAGGCGGGUGCAGCAGGGCGCCUUCAAUAGUAUCGCGGGGACGUUACUGGCGCUAGGUUUACCGAAUAAUCAAUUGCCUUCAGUCCCCACGGAAGCUUUGACUCGACUUUGGAAUUUAGAUCGAUUGGAUCUGUCCAACAACAAGAUCCAUACCUUAGACUCGAAUUCUUUUAAGGGCAUUAAAAAUUUAACAUACUUAGACAUAAGUGACAAUCAGCUGACUGAUAUAUCUUCGGAUGCUUUCAAACCUCUGAUCAUGCUAGCGGUUCUCAGGCUACGCGGCAACCUUCUGAAAGUAGGAGCUUUGGUUUCUUUAAAGGAAGCCCACGUGUUGAGAGACUUAGACCUCUCGAGCAAUGCUCUGGAGGGCCCGCUCGGACCAUCAACAGUGCCCCCUCUAAGCUUCUUGACCAACCUACAGUUAUCCGACAAUACUUUCGCCAGUAUCCGACGAGGGGCUUUGUCAGGUUUGAUAAAUCUUACUCACCUAAAUCUCCACAACAACCAAAUCGAUGUUUUAGAAGACUACGCUUUCCGUCAUCUCAUGAACUUGACCCAUCUGGAUUUGUCGCAUAACGAGAUCGUUGCUGUAUCAGGUGCAUCUCUUGCGCAGCUAACGAAUCUAGUGCAGCUGGAUCUGUCGCACAACUUUCUUCGUUCCUUGUCAGCUGAGCCUCUGAAGUCUCUACGAAGUCUAUCCGAGUUAUACCUCCACGAUAACGAUAUAUCGAUGAUUGAUGACGGCGCCCUGGCCCUGCACAAGGAGUUGGGGCGGUUCACCAUCGAAGAUAACCCUCUAAACUGCGACUGCUUGAUGGCAGGAUUCGCACGUUGGCUGAGAGAAGUAAAGAAACUGUUACAAUCUGAUAAAUCGGCAGCCGUGUGUGCUACCCCACCACAUUUAGAAGGCGCAUUGAUAUCCCGCCUCUCGAAUAACAAACUAUGCGACGAUUUCGAACAUAUAGAUGUAAAAGUCGAAAGAAAAGACGAUAAUUUCGAACUGAAUAAAAUUUUGGAGAAUGCUAUUGAGGACACACAAGAUAAAUACGUUGAUUUGGAAGCGGCGGUACAAGACGCGUAUGUAGAUAAACAAGAUGGUCUCGACGAUGAUGUUUACGAUGAAGAGUUAGAUGUACCGUCAGAAGAAGAUUUGCCGAUUUCCAAAUCAAAGGUCCGACUUCUAGAUGCAUUGUUUGACGAUGAAGAGGUCCAUCUAUCCUGGUCAGUAGACCCGCCUUCUACCAGAAGGUUUAGAUGCACUGGCGUAACAGUAUCCAGAAGCGGCGGUCUUCCAAAGCACGUGGCUUGCCAUCGAGCUGCACCAGCAAAUGUCGUGCUGCGAGGCUUGAAGAUCGAUCCAAUGGAGAAAUACGCGUUUUGUAUAGCUCUAGAAGAAAUGGACAACUCCGAUAAUCCUUUGUCACUGGUGUUGGGAUGCAGCCCACCUCAGUUGGUGCGGCAAAGGGCGCCGUUUGUCACCUCCGUACCAGUGGUGGUAACUGAAGUUACGGAACGAAUCCAUUUGAGAGUAUCAGAAGUCCGUUCAAACGUCACAGGCGAUGGUCUGCUCACAGUUCUCAUAUCAGUCAAUGGGAUACCGCCAGCAAGACAAUUCGGCUUACAAAGGAUGCAGCGACUGUCUACAGACCGGUACAAUCCUGCAUACAAUUGCUAUGUAGUACUAGCCGUGCUAUCUAGAGGUUCCUUGGUCGCGCAGAAGGACACACAAUGCCAACCCACCCUAGAAAUAUCCAUGGAAGGUUUCAUAAGAGGACCUUACGAAGUCUGCGCCACCCUCUCCAAAUUUAAAGACGAAGACCGGCCUAUUUGCGUCGUACCCCAAAUGUUGGAUGAAACAGGCUCCUUAGAAAUGAAAGCUGGUUUCAAAAAUCUGAAUGCGGCGUUGAUUGGCGUGGCUCUCGGUUUGAUGGUGAUCGUCGUGGGUUUGGUGUGGUUUGUAAGGAAGAUGUUGAAGAAACCAAGCGAGUUUGAGACGCACAGGUGUUUUAGACCCGAACCUAUUCAAGAAGAGAACCCGGGAACUACAAGCUACGUUAUGUUGACUGCAACUUCUAAAGUUUGAUGUGGAUGUAACUGAAUGAAAUGGUAACAAAUACUCAAUCAGCGUAAGAGAAGUCAGUGCAGUGUUAAAGAUUAUCAUUAAAAACAAAUCGACUGACUAUCGAAAGUUUCGCCCUAAAACAUUUCAAUGAUGAAUGUCAUAUUUUAAAAAUGCAUCAUCAUUGAAUAUUUUUUUUAAGUAGUCCUUUUUAAAUUUCCUAGUCUAUGUUAAUAUUUAAAUUUAUUAAUAAAUAAUAAUAGUAGUUUUCUACGAACGAUCGUUGUAUAUUUUAAUAAAUUUCACAUUGAAAAUGUAUUUCUUAUUCAUUCAUGUAUAUUUUUAAUAACAUUAAACAUAAAUAUUCGAGAACUGUUUAUUUUAUAAUUUAUUUCUAUAAAUAUCGAGUUGUUUAACUAAACUUAACGAAAAUGAUGUUGAUAACAUUAUUAACAUUAAAAAUGUAAUCUGUCAAACAGUACUAAUUAGUAAUAAGAUUAAUUUCUGGGAAAACCGCUAUUUAUCUAUGUUUAAUUGGUCUUGUGAUAAUAACAUUAAUCUUGACGGGUUAAUGUGUGGGUUUUAACCGCAGUUUAUAGAUAUUUAUUUGCGUCGCUUUUUGCUUUAAAUUUAAUGUUUUGACUAAAUUGUUUCUGACUUUGACUGGUAAUAAGGAGUUAAGACUUUAUUUCAAUGGAAAAAGACUUUCGUCCAUACCAUCUGUCUGUUAUUAUAACUUUUUCUAAAUACAAUUAAUUAUAAGAAAGUUAUAAUUAUUUAAUUGUAAUUUUUCAUCAUUUCCUUUAUUAAUCGUUUUUUUGUGAUUUUUAUAAAUAUAUAGUAUUUUUAUUAUUAUUAUUAUCAUCAUGUCUUUGAAUUUCUGAUAUUGUUUAAAUGUUAUUAUAAACAGAUAUAUAAAAACAUAUUGAACAAACGAUGUAUAACGAAUUAUUUACGACAAUAAUCCUUUUCCAUCGGAUAUUAAAAUGAUUAAAAGAGCGUUUUUCCUUGAGGUUUUCCCCACGAAGCAAUUUCUAUCGUCGAUUUUGAUGUAAAUUAGCUUUUCAUGGAACUAAAAUUACUUAUUCUUUUCGUUCAUAGCGUUUUCUGAGAAUAUUUUAUUGAAUCACAGACUAACAAUAGUAUUAUUAAGUCAACAAUACGCCACUUAACAGGCGUUUUCGGCCUCCUCAGAAAGUAAUGUUUUCCCGUAAUUUACAAACGAAAAUCGAAAAAAAAUGUUGUUUUGUUAUUUUUUUUAAUAUUCUUUUUUUUUGCUUCUGACUAUUUUGGCAGUAGUGGAAAUGUUGAUUAGAUAAAUUAAUAUAAGUGAGAAUUUCGCUUACAUGUCAAAUAGGGAUGAUGAUUAGGUAAAGUUAAUGAAAUUCUAUUUAGUCCGUCAGUUAACUAUUUUUAAUUAAUUAUUUUUAGAUAAUCUAAAAAUAAUAGAAACAUUUUUUUUCUUUUGUCAAUCAACCAAAAAUUUACAAGGAUUAAUUGCUUCAAAGUUUGGGAGUAGCGGUUCGUAACGUCACUUCUAAGUAAAAAAUAUUUUACCAAGACGUGACGUCUUGUGACAUUUAAAAUCAAUAUUGCCUCUGUAACCCCUCGUUUACACCAAGAAACAAGUCAUAUACUAGUUUUACACAAAACUUUUAGAAUACUUGUUGUGGAAUUCUUUCGUUUACACUGCACUAACAACGAGUAUAUUUAUAAGGAUAAAUCACUAUUUACUUCACAUAAUUUGUGUAUCCAACAAGUUUGAUGCAUGUAUUGUAUACUACACGUUUUAAACAUGUAUAUACGUGUGAACAAAAUAUUAAGAUAAAGGUGACGAUUCUGGCAUGAUUUUCUAAACUUUAAACUAAACUUCAGUCUCUUCUUUUCAUUCUGUAUAAAGAAUGACAAGGAUACACUAUUGUCAAAUUUUAGUUUAGGUUUAGAGAAUCAUGUCAGAAUCGACACCAUUGUAUAAAAUUUGUUAAAUGUUAAUGUAUUAUACCUUGGUGUAAACGAGGGGCUAUGUUUUGAUUGUGUAAAAAGGAAAAAUUCAUGUCCAGUACAUUUUGAUAUUAUAUCUGAUAGAUGAAGAAGAAAAGUUAGUCAUCAUGCUUAUAUUAUUUUCCUUUUUGCCUUAUUAUCCAAACUUUUAAAUAUAUUAUUAAAAGUCGCUUUCCGUAUCUGUCUGUAAAACCUGCUGGUGAAAUUUAAGUGACAAUGACUAACAUUUCGGUGAUUUCCCUGCAUCUAUGCAUUUUGUCAUCAAGCUUUUUAAUUUAAUAAAACCAUAAAAUAUUAUUUAAAAUGUCAACUGACUGAAAAGAAGUCUUCAUAUAAACAUGAAAUUAUUAAUAGUUAUGUUAUUAACACGAGGCUCUUUUAUAUUUUUUUUAUUUAGUAAAAAAAAAGCUAGUUUUGACUCACUCUGUUUAUUAUUAAAAGUUGUCGUUUGGAUAUUUGGAUAGUCUAUGAUGUGCGUUUUACGGUAAACGAAGCUUUAUAUUAAUGUACUUAGGUACAAAAUUACGUGUAUAAAUGUGAAACACUUUGGCCUUGCUUUAAUUAGUUUAAAUCGAUGUAAAUAAUAAUUUAUGUGACGCAGUUUUUUUUCUCGAAUAAAAAAUUAACAAAUUAAAUGCUCAUGUUAAUUUCCUUUUUUAUGUUUUUUCUUUCUUUAACAGGUUCACUGCGUAUCGCCCAUAAUCAACCUGACGCCGUGUUAACACCGCGUAUCAGACUAAUAUUAUAAAGGCGAAAGUUUGUGAGUAUGUGAGUGUGUAUGUUUGUUACUUCUUCACGUCUAAACGGCUGGAACGAUUUUAAUAAAAUUUGGUGUGGAGUUAGCUGAUACCCUGGAUUAACACAUAGGCUACAUUUUACUGCGGGAAAAUAUCUUAUUU